AACUUUCAUAACCCCGAAGUCAAAUAUAAAUAUUUUGGUGUUAAUACAGGGAUUUAUUGUUCAUAAAAUGCAUUUGUUCUUCUAAAACCUUCUUUAUUAGCAGUAGCAUAUAGCAGACAAUCUGAAUACUUAAAGGUGUAUGGAAUCCUUCUUUGAGUAUUAUGAGGUGAUCAAAUAUGGAUGGGGUGAUUUUAUCAUGCCCGACCAUAAUUGUUCACCUAAUAUUCCUUAUUACUUAUAUUUAUAUAUUUUCAGCGAUUGUAUGAUUACCGUUAAAUAGUUAAAUAGUCAAUGAAGAAAUGUAUUGGACUAAACGUUACAAAAUGGAUGGAGAUGACUCUAGGGGUAAUAAACUAACUACUGCAUGAAACUAGAUAUAUGCAACAAAACUAUUUGUGGUUUGAACAAAUGGGUUGAGAUCCUAACCCUAAACCUUAACAUUCUCCCAGAUCAUUUUACAGUACAUUUAGAGUAGUCUGUUUGGGAAGUGCCCCAGAGUUACUUCCUUGCCCAAGGGAUUCUAAAAUUCACGAUCCUUUGGUCAGGGGUUCUGAUGCCUUGAUAGGGUCCUGAUUUGGCUGAAGGGGUAUCGAUCAAUAAUUUAGUUGAAAAGUAUUUGUACUUUUCAAAAUGUCCCCCUACUGUUCUCUUUAUGAAAGGAAAAAUUGAUUUGUGUAUGGGCCAAUAUUGUACAAGGAUGAGGCAGAUCAUUUACCAUACUGCCCACCCACCUACCCACCCACCCAAUGGAUCAUGUAUGGAAAAUUCAUUAUGGAUUUAAACAAUUCUUGACUUUUGAUUUUGUGUUAAGAAAUCUUGAUUGGAGGUAGAAAAACUUUUUACUAACAUCAAAAUUCCAAUGGCACUUCUUUUCCAUGAUACCCCUACGAUGUCUCAGGAGUAUAUAGGAAUUGUACAAUAUCCUAUAUACUGUUUAGGUAUACCAACAUAACCAUUAAACAUACCGGUAUCCAUUUGAUAAAUGCACAUGAGAGUAUGCAUGUUCAAAUGCAAUGUUAUUUUACAGAACCAUCACAGGGUUAGAUAAUACUCAGGUGACUGUUAAGGCCCAUGGGACUGGCAAGGGUUCUAUUUAAAGAAAACUUGGUUUGAUUUAAUUGAGAAGCAUUUGAUUGAAAUUAAUUUUAGAUGACCAUCAAAAUGCAAUAACAAAUGAUUCCUUAAAGGUCAUAGGGAAAUGAAUUCAAACUUAAAAGAUGUAAAACAAAACUGUCCUAUCCAAUUGAGAUGAAAAAAUAUUCAAAAAUGUAAAACAAAACUGUCCAAUCCAAUUGAGAUGAAAAAACCCCCUGUAGGGAUAUUUUAUAUAUAAUGCUCUCGAUACCUGUGUGUCUCCAUACAGGUGAGAACAGGUAAAUUGAGUGACAUGUGUAGAAAUAUCGGCCAUGUAGCAGCCCAGAGUGAAAACAUUUAAUCUAAAUAGCUGUCGCUUGGGACAAUUUUAAAUUGAAAUGUACAUUUUCAUAAAAAUAGCAUCACUCAAGCAUAUAGAAUGUCUAUUUUGAAGACGGGGAGUGAGAGAAGAUAAAAGCAUUUUAGUGGUGCUACGGAGUUCAGGGUUUUGUUUAGUCUCGGAGAUUCAUCGUUUUCGUUUUUCUUCUUAAAGCACAUGACAAUGAGCUGUCACGUUAAAAUGUGGAAAUUAUUCAAACAUUUGAUUACAUAAUUUGGAGGAUUUUUUCGUAUACUGUGGAGAUGGUGUCUGAAUAUUUGUGUGUCUUAGUUAGCAUGCUGAUCUGCAGUGCUAUGCUCUUAAUCGAAGUUGAAACAUGCAUUCAGAAAACUGCACAUGAUCUAGGAAAAAAUUGAUUUGUUCAAGUUUGUGUGUUAGUCGACAGGCUGUCAAAAGAAAUAAUGGAAGAAUGUGCUUCAAAUUUUGUAUUAUGUAACGUUUUAUCCUGCGAUGAUAUCAGAAAAUUCAACUCAAAAUUUGAAUGCUGUAGAUUUUGAUAAAAAUAGACUUGUGCACAAGAUGAAUUUGAUGGAAUGUGUAUGAUUGGGAAGCAGAUUCGAGUUGUUUCAUUAACAGCAGAUGGCAAGAUUUUCAUUUCUUCCUAAUGGAGAGGAUCUUGAUGUUUGAAAAAAAAAUUCUCAAUAUAUUUCGCAAUGCUUGUCAUUGGAAUUUAUCAAAGAAAAUGUCACCAGUUUUGAUUAAAAAGAACUAGGAAACAAUUGUGUCAGAUUCUCUGAUCGAUGAAGUAAAAACAGGAUUAAUUGAAGCAGGUGAUCAAUUAAAAUGCAAGUUUUAUGGUGUUAUAUAAUAGUGAAUGGAAAUUUAUAUCCAUGAUCAAUACACAAGCUUAUUGCAUCAGGGUUGAUAGACAGAGAGAAAAAAAACUAAGCACUAUUAAAAAAAAUAAAGGGACGUUGUGAAUCCAUUUCAUUUUCUUUGCCAAGAAUAGUCAAUGAUUGAUGUGUCAGAGUUAUGUAAUACUUAAAAAAAAAAAACUAGCUUGUUCUCCCGAGAAAUUAAUGUGUAAAAAACAGGAAUUAUCGAGAGAGGAAAAAAAGUGUGGAUAUCAGAUGGAAAUGAUAGCCGAUUGUAUAUGAGAGAGAAAUCCCAGUUUUAGUCCGAUCGUACUGAUGCCCUUUGUGAGACUAGGCCCAUGAACUAAUAUAGAAAACACAUUUAAGAAAACUCCUUAUUCACCUGGUAUUCUUAAAAAAAUACAAGUGAAAGGGACAAGAGGAGAGGAAUCUAAAGAAAACAGUUACCGCCAAGUGAACUGAAGUCUAUUUUUUCCCUUGGAUUACGCCUUUGUCCUCCAUAUGAUGGACCCAUGGUUUGAGAAUUUUAAACUGUUGCUAACGUACUGGUUAAUGUCUACAAACAGGGACAACAUGUCAGAGGCUGCUAGUGCUGUGUCUGCUCUCCUGUCGUAUGGACAGACCCCACCCCCUCAGUCCCACCCCCCGGGCCGACCUACCUACAGCAUGGCCUCCAUGACCGGUGGAAUGUCUCUGCCUGUGGACACCCACCAUCCCUCAUCACAGUACAUCAGGACCCCACAGGACCUGAGCCUGUCUCACCCCACAGACAACUCAGACAUGACCCCUGAUGACUCCCAGCUGACCUCCAAUGACCAGCACUUUGUGGAGGUCAACUCCACGGUUCAUCCAGACCGCACCCACCUCUGUCCAAACUGUAGCAAGGGCUUCAAGAGCAAGCAGCAGCUCGCACAGCACAGUUUGGUGCACACUGGGAUACGCAAGCACAUCUGCUCAUUCUGUGAUAAGGGCUUCAAGCAGCUUUGUCACCUACAGCAACACCUUAGAAUUCACACAGGGGAGAAGCCUUACCGCUGUUGUUUUGAUGGUUGUGACCGGGCAUUUGCUCAGAUGGCCAAUCUCCACCACCACAUGCGGAACCACGAGGACCACGUCAAGAAGGCAGCCAACAAACAGUACCAGUGUUCCAUCUGUAGCCGCGCCUACACCAACGAGAGCAGCCUCAAGAACCACACCAUCAAGAUGCAUGUCAAUGUCCGACACAUGGAUGGUCAGUUCACUCUUCCAUACAAGCCCAGAAAACCGCGACAGUCCAACACCAACAAUUCCAUGACCAACUCAGCGGACCGAACAAAGGACAAGGACUUCUCCGCUACCACCAGGGGGAGCUCGGUUCCGCUCUCCUUUGUCAGUGACCCACGGACGUCUAAUUUCAGUCGUUUUCUUGACCUUCACAAGGAUAGUUUGUCAAGGCCACUAGAAUCGGAUCAAAUGUCCUUGGCCAUGUCUGCUGAACAAUCGAACAAUAUCUCGUCCACCACACUUCUAUCAUCGCCUCAUCACAUGCAGAACCCAUUGCUACCCCCGCACUCUCUACCCCCACUAUCUCUGAUGUCCUCAAACAUCCCCCACUCCCUGAUGUCGCCUUCGUUCAUCUCUCAUCUUCAACAGAACGUGCAGAAUUCUGCGGGACAAUUCAAUCAUCUACUGCCCUCCACCAGACCCACCCCCCAGGAACUGAGGUCCUCGCCCCUCACCUCCCCACCCCCACAAACGUCCAGCAGCUCCCGUCUCACUCCCUCCUCUCAAGAACAGAGAUCCACCCCUCGUCAAUCUCCGUUGUCUUCGGGCAAUAGCGACUCCAGCACACCGCGAAAGGAAGCAGCAGAACCAACGACCAGUCACGGUGUUCUAUUCAACUCCUCACUGCCCCACCCCCUCUCUCACACCUCCUUCCCCCUCACCUUACCCCCAAGACUUAAUACUUAUUAGUUGUAAUCUUUCAGAAAGAUGUUUUUAUUGCUUUUUGUCAUUAUGUAUCAGCCUUGUGGAAUAAACCAUAUCUUUUAUUUUAAUUUUAUCAAAGUGAAAGCUUAAGCAUUUAAAUUUACCAAAAUGUAUAUAUUUAUUUUUUACUACCAAGUAGUAUGGAUUGUUGUUCAGAAUUUUUUUAAGAAGUAUUUUAACUGCUUGUAGCAAUCAUCAUGUAACUUAAAGAUUCCUAUUUUAUACAUAUGCAUAUAGUUUUUACAGCCAUGUAUAAAUGUACUUGUGAAUUUCUUAUUUUUGAUUACUUAUGAUUUAUAUCCCCUUGUGAAGGAGUCUUUGUACAUGUAAAACAUAUAGUACUAUUGUGGUGAAGUGCUUCAAGCCUUACAAUUAAUGUAUACAUUUGAUUGUGUUUUAAAAAAAAAUAUUUAUACUACAAGUAUAAAUUGGCUUCUUGUGAAGCAUACUGGUUGAACAUUAUAAUCUGAACUGCGAACUGCAGCCAACAUACCGGGGUUGUCUUGGUUCUUAUUCUCUGUGUUCUCAUAAUCUGUCUAGUCUAGCGAGGUUUGAACAUGCGACGUGUGAACAUGUUACCGCUGGUCAAUUUGUUCACUGGUGAAAAUUUAGUGUAUUUAAUACAGCUGCUAUGCAAAUUUCAUACCAUGUUUUCUACCUAUGUACUAACCUCUAUACAUAACUUAGUACAAAGACUAACAGUUGUUUAGAAUGUCCUCUUUUUUGGUUCAAAACCCAAUACACAAGAUGUUGAUAUAUGAUUUUUCCAAGAUGUCAGAUUUUAUAUUUACAAGUGUUACAUGUGCAAUUUGUUAAGGUACAAUAUCCGUUUUUUUUUAAAAGAGAUAUCUCAAUACUAGCUGAUAUACCCCUAUUACAUGAAAAUGAUUCUUUUCUACUUUGUCAACUAGAAAAGAUGAUUUCUAGCAAUUUUCGUCCCACAACAUAUAGUAAAUUAUCUGCCUUUCAAUUUUAACUAGUACCUGUUAAACAAAUCAUUAAAUUACUGGAAAGUGAAUAAAGUACAGCAAAAUUUUGACUUCUUGAAUGGGAGGAUUAUGUGGAUUUGACCCCACAGAUAAGUGAUUCUGUUUAAAAUACUAUAAACCAAGUAUUAUGUGUUUGUCAAAAAUAUCCAUGACAUGAAGGAACAAUCUUUGCUUUAUGUAUUUAUCAUAGAUGGAUACCUAAUGCAAUUCUUAAAGUUAAACAACUUUCUGUACUGGUUUUCUGAUUUAUUCUCAACUUCACAAAUAGAAAAAUGACACACAUAGUACUUGGUUCACAGUGAAAGCGGCAUAUCAGUGAAGAGGGGGAAUAAUUUGAGCGAGUGGGAAAAAAAUUGAUGACAAGUGUUAGGUCCCAAAAUAUUGUUUAUAGUUUGUUUUUUUGGAUGCCACUGGUUAAUGUUGGCAGUUUUUAAAAAUUUUAUUGCAAUAUUGAAAAGGGGCAAAUUGCCAUUUUGAAAGGGGCAGUUUUGCAAUUUGAGGUUUUGAAAAUAUGAAAAUUGAGUUAUUUCCCUUGUCAAUUUUUUUACAACAGAAAUAAUUUGAAGAUAAUGGUACUGAGCACCUACCUGUUACAUUAUUUUUUUAAUUUUUGGCCAAAAAAAAUUGAGCUUACAAUGUAGCAUGUACAAUGUACCACUUACAUGGUUUUAAAUUUUUCUGACCAAGCAUCCAAAUGUAAUGUUUUGUUUCUAUUUUACAGUACUUCUCAAAUGUAGAAUUUUUAAUUCAUACACAGUAUUCAUAUUUACGCAUGCAUAAUAAGAAAUUGAUCAAAACCUCUAUAUAAUAUGCCUGUAUAUGUGUGUGAUACCAUGUACUAUGUAAAUUUCAGCAUUUGUUGGUAAAAAAAAAUAUCUAUAUGUUUUAUUUUUAUGAUUGUUGACCUUUUCUUGUUUUGUGAAAUCUCGGAAUCUCUUUGGUUUUUUACCACUACAGGGACAGAGGCUGAAUAGAAUAUAGCCUGAAAUAAAGUAGCAUGAGGAAUCUAAUAUUCAAAACCUUUCAUUUUGAAAUAACUAUUUAGUUUCAAAGUGACUUUUUAAAAAAACCAAAGUAUAUGUAAAAACAUUCAAUUUUUGAAUGUCUAAAACUAUAGAGGUUCAUUGUGUGGUGUGUAUGAAUUUGUUACUUUUUGUUUAAGUUGGGAUUAUUGUGUUGGUGGUGAGUUAGACAUCACUUUGUAUGACAUUGAAGUGAGAUUGAGGGGGUGGGCAAAGUUGAUGUUUUUAUUUUUUAGGUCCGUAAUGCUUGUGCUCCAAAUUCAGCAACUGAAUUUAAUUCAGUAUGUCCAUAGAUAGCAUUCUAGGUUACUGUGUUUAUUAAACUACCGGUAUCUAUUUUCUAAAUGAUAAUUUCAUGUGUUAUGUGUUAUGAUACCAGUCCAACAAUUUAUACAAUAUAUUAAGAUGAAGAACUUUAUAUCAGUGUCUCCUUUCCAUCUGCCUUGGAAUGAUGAAGGGAAAAUUUGAAAAGGGGUGGGAUGUAAUUGUUAGAGGGUGUUUAUUGUGAACUGGUUUUUGUUUGUAUCAUGUGACCUGCUCUCUGCUCUGUCCCUGUGGUGUGAUAUGUUGAAUGCUUCAUUUCAAACUUUGUUGUACAAGUAGAAUAAAUGAGACACUUCUUGUU